GGUGCAUCUGGUAAAGCCGACGAAAAGGAAGCAAAUACAGCCGUCCCAACUGACUUAAAAAUCGAUCCCAGUUUGCCUCCAGAAGGAUUUAUGGACCAUCUUGUUCAACAUUUGAAAGGCUUAGACCUUCAAAGUGAAACAACAGCAGUUGAACAUCACAUCACCCUAGAUCUGUGGGACUUCGCUGGUCAACAUCUUUACUAUGCAUCUUACCCAGUUUUUUUAUCGACGCGGGCAGUUUAUAUGCUCGUGUACAACCUCAGCAAAGGUUUAAAGGAAACCGCUCAGCCUUGUUUCCGACAAGGAGUCCAUGAAAUUCUUCUCGCUAAUCCAAAUAACGAAAACAAUUUGGAAAAUUUGUUGUCGUGGCUGGUGUCUCUCAGUUCUAUGUUUUCAUUAAAACCAGACGUGAGUGAAAGGACAACAAAAUUGGAGGAUCUGCCUUACUGUCGCCCUCCAGUGUUUAUUGUAGGAACACAUGCAGAUGAACCACAUCAAGACAUCAAGGAAAUGGAAUUGCAGAUUCAAAGAGAAAUAAGUGGAAAGGACUAUGAAAGCCAUGUGGUCCGUCCGUUCUUUUCAGUCGAUAAUACCCAAGGUUCAUCUGAUGACGGAGUUGCCGCACUUCAGAAACGAAUGAUUGAAGUUUUAAAACAAGAACCAUACAUGGGAGAGGAGGUACCAAUUCGGUAAGUUUUUAGUCAAGAGAAACUCUUGCUCCAUAUUAUUUCUUGACGAUUAUAUUAUACAUAAUGGUUAUACCACAGGCAGCCCUUCACCCUACGGUUGUACUAUAACAGUAGUGGGUCGCGAUGAAUAAGAUCUACCUCGUUCUAAAGUAGAUAAUGGUUAGCCGUUCCGGCUUAAAAAGACGUCUUAACCGAUUUGCUGCGAGUACAACAACAACAAAUUUUAUUGAAAAUUGGAUAUACUAUAACUAAUUACAUUUCUUUCCCACACGCAAAUAGCUUAUGAACUAGUCGAGGCGAGGGGAGCUCAAGACAUAUUACAAGUAAAAGGUUUAUCUAUAGAUGGACUAUAUAUAUAAUAACAGUAAAGACACUACUAAACAAUAAAUAUAAUAAACUAACAUAAAACAAAGCAAGUACCUAAGGAUUACGAAGAGGGACGGGAGACUUCGACAUAAUCAUCUUCUGACAGCAAGAAAUUUAGUAGUAAUUCCUUUAUCUUUUUACGAAAAGGCGUAUUUUAAUCGAAUAAGGAAUAGAGUUCCAAAUUUGGAAACCGAUUCUCGUGUAAAAGGUAUACACGUUAUCGGUUCCUGAGAACUUAACAUAAAACGAGUCGCUAGAGACAGAUCUUGUUUUCUAGUUAUGAAUCUGACUUGUUUUAACAAAUUGAUUGAGUAUACUAACUGGUGCUGUCUGUCUGUUGAUAUGGUACAAUAAAUAGCUACAAUCUCUGAAAAAAUAGGCUAGGAAGGGGAACGCAAUUCGAUUUGAGAAAGAAGGGUACGGAGAGUUACGAUCUUUCUUUGAAAUGUCAAGGUACAGUUUCCCCAACCACAGAUACCAUAAGUUAAGUAGGGGCCAAUUAAUGAGUUGUUUUGUGACAGAUAGAUUCUAUGUGAUAUUUCCAUGAAAGAUUUGAAUCAAUCAUUGAGCCAAGAUAUUUUACAUAGUCUUUCAUUUCAAGGCUUGCGUAGGCGUUAGUCACGGAGUCAAGAGUUCUAAUCCUAGGUAUGAAGGGCAUAUUCUUUUGCCUUGGGCGAAAGAUUACAAAGUUUGAUUUCUUUAUGUUCAGAGACAGUUUGCUUGCAUUUAGCCAUUCGUUGACGUUGCCAAGCCCUCGAUUAGCAAUUGAUGCGAGUUCCUUUAAGUUGUUAUUUGCAAGUAUUAUACUGGUAUCGUCAGCAAAUAGAUAAAAGGCAAAUAACGAAUAGGAUUUGUAAAUAUCAUUGAUGUAAAGUAGGCAUAAGAGCGAUCCGAGGACUGAGCCUUGUGGCACGCCGCACAAGGUCGUCUCAGCCUAAGCCACAAUGUUAUUGACUUCCGUAGUUUGCUUUCGAUUAGUCAGGUAUGAUCUGAACCAGGAGUUGAUUACACCUCUAAUACCAUAAUUUUCAAGUUUAGCUAACAAAAUCUCAUGGUUAAUAGUAUCAAAAGUCUUCUUGAGAUCGAUGAAAACACCGCGCGAAAAUUAACCGUUGUUCAUAUUUUGGAGAAUAGUGUUAACAAUGCCAAGUAUAGCAUAAUGAGUACUUUGCUUACUGCAAAAGCCUUAUUGCUGAUCUUAGAGAAUGUUGCAAUCUUUGACAAACGUAGUAAGUCUGGAGUUCAUAAGUUUUUCAAAUAUCCUGUCAUAAAUCGAGAGCAGUGAUGUAGGCCGGUAGUUUUCGGGCAGAGUGUCAUCUUCGUCCUUAAAUACUGGAAUAAUCUUAGCACACUUUAGUUUAGAUGGAAAAAUCCCUAAGCAAAUAGAUUGUUUAGAAAUCGUGGAUAGCGGUACGAAAAUGAUCCUUUUUGCCAAUUUGGAGAUGAGUAGACUCCAUGGGCCUUGUUGUCUUGCAAAAUUGAAAGAGUGCGGCAACUGAGUCUACAUCCGGGAAAAUAGGGAGAUCUAUGCAGGACAGACUAAGAACAGCAUGAAUAGAAUACCGGGAUGCGAUUCAUCCGUACUCAGACCUUGGACAUAGCUGAAAGCGCUCACUAAAAACGGCCGUUUAUAGAUCAUUGCGCCCUCUCCAAAAUCUGAACGUCUGGAACAGGCUAGUUUAUAGUGCGUUUUCACUAACUUGGCCAGCGUUUAUGCAAAUUUAUUGGCACAAACGAAAGCGAAAGUACACGAAAAGAGUUCAGCUCCCACAGGAGUGGUUUGGCACAUCAACAUGGCAGCCGUUUCAUUGUUUUGAAACACCAAUAUGGCCGCCGUGACGUCAUGCGAAAUCUUCAGCUCUAACGGCCUCGUUUAGGAUAGGGUGGAAAACCGCUUAGCUUAUGUUAUACAAUAUAAUAACUUGGUCAUCACCUGCUAAUCUAUCAGAGUACGGAAGAAGUUGACGUCACGAAGAAUAUAUUUUCAGGUCUUAUCCAGCACUUCCAGCACACUUAAAUAUGAAUAUACCGAGGUGACAUUCGGAUUUAUGCCAAACCGGCGGAAAGGACAAGCAAGGUCUAAUUUUUGCAGCGGAUAUACUCGCAACUUUUAUUGCUACUUAAACUGACAAUGCUUUCGCUAAUAAGUUCUCGUUUAUUAUACGUAGCGAAUAUUGAAUAAGGGAAAAAACGUGUUGCUGGCGGCAAAACCCGUUUCCUUAAAUACCAGCGAUUGUACGGUGCCGCGAUAUCCACUUUGCACCUAGCCAGCGAACAAAGCCGUCCCUUAUCGCUCGUCAGCGCGGCUGGGGACGUUUCUUAGGAGAGAAACGAAACGUCCAUAGGGGAGAUUUCAGUGAGAAGAGAAGGCUUUAUUCGCAGGCUGAUUUGCACUGGUUUUGAGGAUUAGAUUUCAAGUUUGUGUCAACUGGUAUAAAGUAUUUUAUUUGCUUAAUUUAGUAGAAGAGAUCAAUCUUUAAGUGAUGCUUAAACUUCGUCUUUAAGCUUUUGUUUUUUUCUAUUUUUUUUUACCAGAUGGUUUAAUUUCGAGAAGGUUGUCCAAGCUUUGAUUGCUGAAAAGGUACAUUAUUUAAACCUCCAACAACUUCAAGGUAUUAUCCAGAAAGUUUGCUUUAUUGAAGACGAAGAUGAGGUCGCCACUUUGUUGGAUUUCUAUCAUGACCUCGGCAUGAUUGUCAGACAACGCAACACAGUUGUGCUUCGGGCUCAGUGGCUCAUUAAGGUCAUCAGGCAACUUAUAACCAUUCGUUCUUUUAACGAAAUGGUAAGUGAAGCAUAUUCAAGUGUAUAAGUGCCCUCCACGGAGAACACCAUCCCACCCUGUUAUAAAUUCUUGUUAUAAAUUAUUUAUUUAUUUAUAUUUACCUUAAUGAUGAUUAUCAUGUUUUGAUAAUAUCACACCCACUAAGACCAACUCGGCGUUUUCGUGAUGGAUUUUCUUUGUUGAUAUGUGCAGUCAUAAAACUGGCUAAAUAUUAGUGAACCCUAGCAGGGACAAUUAAAUGUUUGCAUUUAGCAAAGCUGCAGACAACAUAUCCGAAACAUAACUUCAUUGCAGUUUAGUGAUUUUAUGUGACAUACGAGUUUUAGCUUACCUAUACGACAAAACUUCUUAUUUAUGACGUCAACUUUAUUAAUGUGUUUCAGUGGAAAAAGUGUAUUUAUUUCACAAAAAAACUAAAACAAACAAACAAGCAAACAAAAACCCUUGCGAUAUUCCUUCGCCGACCUGCCUCGACCAGUGAUUCUAGUCAUCUGCUUCCAGCCGUCCCGUAAUAGUUUGGAAGCUUCGGAUCAUAUACAUUUAUUAAUGCAUCAUGUUAGUACGUUAUCUGAAGCUUUUUAUUACCUCUCAAACUAUUAUGGGAUUGUACUUUCGAGGCCCUUCUCUUUAAGUUCUUUAGGAACUUACUUCACCGUCAAAUGUUUUUCCUAAUCCAGACUGAUUGUUUUAAUACUAGUUUUCUUUUUCAACCAUGUACUUUAUUUAAAUCCUUUUAUAUUUCUUCUGUUGUAGUACCUGAAAAAAAAAAAGAUCCUGAGAUUGUUCAGUAAUAGGUUUGACGUUCUGAAAAAUUUCCUUCUUUCGGUUUUGUUAUAGGAACCGAAACAUUCCAAGCUUUGGAAGGAAAUGGAGACGACAGGCGCCCUCCACAUGGAGUUGGUUGAUCAUGUGUUCUCCAAGCACUGCCAGCAGCAAGGCCUGAUCAAGGAGGAUAUCCUGAACAUGAUGGAGCAGUUCGGAUUGAUCGUCAAAUUUGCCACCUCGCCAACAAAUGAAAUGUACUUUGUACCCUGUCAACUGAAGACGCCACCUGACGCCCUUUGUGAAAUGGAGCCAUCACCGUCAGAUCCAUGUCCAUUGUACCUGCAUUUUCUGGGGGGUUUUGUUCCUCACGGUUUCUUCUGGCAGCUUGUGUCACGAAUCACCAAAUGGUGCUCUAAGAGUGGAUUUACCCAGCCACCGAGAUUUUUUCUUGCGGCUUCCAGGUUUGUCAUAGAGAAGAAGUCAAUUUAUCAGCUGAUUCUUUUGUGCAAAAAACGAUUCAUUAAGAUCAUCUUGACGCAUUCAGAGCCAGCCGGUGGAGCAUCAUUUUCCGAAGCAAGAGAAAUGGCGAUUCUUGUGCGAACGUUCUUGGAAGAAACAGUACAGGACCUUAGACGUGAACUCCCCUGGUUGGGCAAAUUGAAGUGUGAUUUUUGUGUUGUAUGUCCUGGCUGUCUGCGGAAGGAAGAAAUGUGUUCUUAUCACGAUGUUGUUUCAUGUGACCACGAGGACUGCCUGUGCCUUCUUAAGGCUCUCGAAGAAGGGCAACUCAGCCACUGUCCAAGUAGCCUAGACGUUAAAGUCCCGACGGUUUUCGGGCUGGAAAAAUGGUUUGCAGCCAAAGGUUAGAUAACUUGAUACUUAAUGGUACAUUUACAAAUGUAGGAAAAGGAAAUUAGCCCUUAUAGUCAUUUCAGACGAAAGUAAUAGUCACCAACAAUAAAAUUGGUUUUUCUAUGUACUUGUUCCUUCGUGAAACGUUAUUAAUAUUUACUUCAAAGUAACUUCACUUGCCAACCAGACACUACACUUUUGCUAGUUCAGGGAAAAGUUUUUGGGCCAGGCAUCGACCAGUCGUGUUAGAGGAUAAACAACGACUAGAAACUAAAAGUGGUGCUCGUUAAUUGGUCGCAACUGACGGGGCGGUCGUAUUUAAAGGUAAAAAGGUAAAGAGUCCAUUAAUAUUUUAAUUCGGUAGCUCGAAAUUAUUCAUUGCAACUGACUGACAAAAACUUGGGGCCGACGGUGCGCUCAUUUUGCCUGUUUCCCCCUCUCCAACAGUGCUCCGUUUUACGGGUAUUUAAUGCUACUUAAAGCUACUCGGAAAGGAAAGAAGUCGAAACAAAGAUUUGAGGUCACACCUGGGAAUCGAACGAGGAGCCUCCCGCACAGAAGGCUGUGCACUAGCCAACUGCGCUAAUCUUCUCACCUUCCUCGUAUUUACCAAGGGGACGUUAAAGAUUAAGGGAAUGGCUAACUGGACUUUUUGUUUAGGCCAAAAAUGGGUUGAUAUAACGGGACGCCUAUUCUCUUCUUCGUUAAUAUUUUACUGUUUUUACGUCGUUAUCUCGAUGUUCAACUCAGUUGUAUAAUCCUUAUGAAUAGGUAUGCUAACGUUUUACAGUUAUCUUUAAAAUGGCCGCUGGACAUUUUAUCCUUUUUAUUGCUUAGUAAUUGCUAUAGUCUAAGGCAGUAUAGUUUUUGUUCAUACAUAUCUAUUUUACAGUCAGGUCAGGAAUAGACAGCAGAAACAUUUUAGUCGUUUUAACUUUCUCUUUUUUUGCCGCACAGUUGUCUGUCCAGGUUAUCACCCUGGUACAGAUGAUGUUUACAACAUGACAGCUCGACCAAGAGGAAUAACGCUGAUCAUUAAUAACGCAUCUUUUGCUCAUCAUCCUAAACAUGGACAACAGUCACCUCGUCACGGGUCCGAAGAAGAUGUUCGUAAAGUUGAAGCGUUGUUUACUGAUCUCGAUUUUUCAGUACGAACGAAAGAGAACCUUUCAAGACGACAACUCUUGGACGAACUUGACUACAUCUGCGCCCGUGAGGAUCACAGUACUUAUGAUUGUUUUGUGCUGUGGCUAAUGCGCCAUGGCAAGAGUGGUGAGGUGUUCUGUUCUGACGGUAACACGAUACCCAUUCAAACUCUUGAUGAUAUGUUCAGCAAUUGCGAAACGCUAAGCGGUAAGCCAAAGCUGUUUUUCAUCCAGGCGUGCAGAGGUGACGGAGAAGACGAGGGGGUGUCUAAUGCCGCUAAUACCACUAUUUCAUCUUACGAACUGCCUAGUCCCAACCAAGUUGAUUCCCCCAUUGACGCAGUGAAGAAACCUGCAUCCAAGGUACCCACACAUGCAGAUUUUCUGUACGCAUUUUCCACAGUGGAUAAGUAUGUAUCGUACAGACAUGAGGCUCUAGGAAGCUACUAUGUUCGCGGCCUAGUUGAGGCAUUACGUGAACGUGCGUUUUAUGACCACCUUCUCGAUAUUUUAACAGUAGUCAACCAGAAAGUCAGCAACAUGGAAGCCAAAAUGCCAUCUGUGGAGAACAAGAAUGAAAUCAAAAUAUUUAAGCAAAUACCAGAGGUUAAACAUACCUUACGGAAAAAAGUUGGUUUUUAG